AUGACCGACACCAAAGAUCACGCCCAACAAGCUCUGACGGAAUCAAAUCCGUCCCUCAGCCAUAUUUCUCGCCAACCCUCAUGGACAGGCUCGGUCGAUGGCAAUAAUACCAAUCCAUCGCCUCUGCACGGUCGCAAGAGGUCUGCCGAUCAUCUGCCUACCGAGCCGCAUGUUUCGCGCAAAGGCCGAGCCUGUUUGGCCUGUCGCAAACUGAAGGUGAAAUGCGAUAGUCUGGAACGAGGUGACGCCGGUUGUUCGCGAUGUCAGCGCCUGGGCCUGGAUUGUAUUACCUCGAAGCGCAUGAGAGUGAGUCUUGACGAUGAUGGCGAAAAUCCUCAUCCCUCGAUCGUUCGGCUCGACAGAGCUGUGCAAGACAUUCUCUCCCGACUGAAGAUGCCGCCGUUGGAGGCUUACUCUCGCACCCAUCCAUCACAACACCUGCAACCACCUCCACUACCUGUUCCUGCAGAAUCCAAUGCGCAGACCACGCGGGAGAAUUCGCGCGAGCCGAACCAAGAGGAUGCGCAUGAAGUCGCUCCUGCGCCAAUGGGCAGUCUGUACGAGGUCACUCAGCUCAACACUCUGCGGAGCCGCCUAAAGUAUGGCGACCCGGCGCGCCGCAACUCAAAGAAGAACAUGGAGAACGACCUAAUUUCCAUGGGGGCUAUCAGUGUCGAGGAAGCCGAGGAAAUGCUCAGCUUGUUCAAGACCACCCUCUCACGCUAUCUGUUCGACGCCACCAUACAUGAAUCCCGCACACUUCUCUCAGUCCGCGAGUCCUCGACCUUGUUCUUUACGGCUAUCAUCACCGUCACGUCGCUCCACAUCCCAGGCAAGGAGAAGAUCCACGCCUCUGCACAUAAGCACCUACGAGACCUCAUCGCGACAUCUUUCUUCGACCGCUUCCAUACCCUCGAAGACAUCCGCGCCCUGUGCAUUGCAGCAUUCUGGCUUCCGGACCUCAGCUGGAAACUCUCCGGCCAUUGCGUGCGUAUGGCGACCGAGUUGAAUCUGCACCAAGCAUUUUUCAAAGCUCUCUACUCGCAGAAGCAGUCAGCAAGUGACCGCGAACACGCGUUCGAGCGGGCCAGAUUAUGGUAUCUCCUUUACGUUCUGGAUCACCAUUUCAGUAUCGCGUACGGACGACCACCGGUCACGGCAGAACUACAAGCCAUCAAAGAAUACGAUGUCUUUCUGAAUGCCCCUGAAUGCACGCCAUCAGAUCGAAGAGUUUUAUCACAAGUCACACUGUUCAUUAUCUUGAGUAAAGCGUACAACCAUUUUGGUUUGGAAGCCGAGAGACUGAUGGACGGAGACGAUGUCACGCUUCUCACUCACCAGCGCUUUAUCGAGGAUUUGCAUCGCUGGAGAUAUCAAUUCCGCCAUGCAUUGAACAGGGAUGCGCAUGUGGGAGAUUAUCCUGCUGUUGGCGUCGAACUCCAUUACAACUUUGCGUCGAUGAUGCUCAAUUCUCUCGCCCUGCGUGGCCGCUCCCUCUUCACCAUCUCCUCCACAUCAACACUCCCCACAUCUCUCCGGCCUCUCGCAUCCCACGCAAUCUCUUCGGCGCACCAAAUCCUGAUCAUCGUCCUUGAAGAACCUUCCAUUCGGGACUCCAUGGUCGGAGUACCCCUCUACUUGCACACCGUCAUCGCCUUCGCCGUGGUCUUUUUGAUAAAGAUGUCGAGUCGAUGGACAGGCAUAGGUGUGAGUAUCGAUGCGGAGGCCAAGACGAAACCGCUCAUCGAGAAAGUAAUUGAGUUAUUCCGGAGCUGCCAGGCUGGGAAAGGGCAUAUUCUCUAUGCGAUGGCCGACGGGUUUGAGAGAUUGUUGAGGCGCAACCUGGUGGGCAACAACGGUCAGCUUGGGAAGGGUCUCGGGGCGGAAAACGGCACCCCGGGGUACGCAUCUCUCGACGCCACGGCGGCUCUUGGGGGCCGACAGAACGGUGGGAGAGAGACGCCCUACGCACAGCAUCCAGGCCAGGUACAGGGCCAAUCGUACCAGCAACACGCGGAGCUGUAUGCCCCGUCGUCGCAAACAAACACGCCCUCGCUGCUCCCGCCGCAACACACCACGACCUCUCCGACCCCGUUCACUCCUACCCAACAACAGCAACACCCCAACGGUGGUGGCGGCGGUGCCAAUUUCGACCCCUACACCCUCUCCCCGCACUCGCAACCCACUUCCACCUCCGCAGGCACCUUUGGCGGCUGGCAGACCGAAGACGACAUGCUGUGGAGCAUGGGCAUGGGAUACGACCUGUUGGCCACGGCGCCCGAUGUCAACGCCCACGGCUUGGGCGCCUUUGUCGGAUGGCCUGGUGGAGGCGGUGGCGGUGGUGCGGGAAGUAUUGAUUCCGCCGGGGGGUUUUCACAGGGUUUAUGA